AAGAAAACCAACUGUACAAAUCCUUACUGUUACGGUAAUAUCAAUGACAAUUCAUUUUGACCAAGUGAAGUGACCCUUUGUCCCUAUCUUUCCAAUCGUUCAAACCUGGAGACAGAUCCUUUUCUUCCACCAAAUCUGUUGUUUAACAAGAAAGAAGAUGAGUAAGCAACAGCAACCGUCCGAUCAACCCCCUCCUUCUCAUUCCACCGACUACGCUCCAUACCCUAAGCUCAUACCCCACGACAUCGGUCCUCCUCUGCAGCCCGAGACAUGGGCAUCCGUUACAAUUGCCCCCGAACCCCAACCCCAACCCCAAUCGAACCAAGAAUCCCCUUCUGCUUCUCCUCCUCCACCACCGGCGGCGAUCCACGUCGAAGAGCGGGCUCCGAUCUCCGCCGAUGCCGCCACCUCGAUGCCGGAGGAGUCCAAUCCCUACGUGGCCCCUCCUGCACCGCCGCCUGCCUCCUCCGCCAAGAAUAAGAUGGAUUCAGUGAAAGAUGUUCUUGGGAAGUGGGGGAAGAAGGCUGCGGAAGCUACCAAGAAGGCUGAGGAUCUUGCUGGGAAUAUGUGGCAACACUUGAAAACGGGUCCUAGUUUUGCUGAUGCUGCUGUCGGAAGAAUAGCUCAAGGAACAAAGGUGCUUGCAGAAGGUGGUUACGAAAAAAUUUUCCGACAGAAUUUUGAGACUGUCCCUGAGGAACAGCUUCGGAAGACUUAUGCAUGCUACCUAUCCACUUCUGCUGGUCCGGUCAUGGGAAUUUUAUAUUUGUCAACUGCAAAGCUUGCGUUUUGCAGUGACAGCCCACUUUCCUACAAAACUGGUGACCAGACUGAAUGGAGCUAUUAUAAGGUGGUGAUUCCAUUUCAUCAGCUUAAGGCAGUUAAUCCAUCUGCAAGCAAAGUCAACCCUGCUGAAAAAUACAUACAGGUUAUAUCUAUUGACAACCAUGAGUUUUGGUUUAUGGGUUUUGUACACUAUGACAGUGCUGUGAAAAAUCUUAGAGGACUGUUGCAACCUGGCAGCUUGUGAGAAACAUUGGACCAAACUUGCUAUGUCAUGGAAGAAAGCACUGCAUGUUAGUUGAGCUGGCUUGACUUUGUGGUUUUGGUGGAAUUGUAUGGAACAAUUGCUUUAGUGUUGUGUUUUGUUCUUGUGCUGCCGUUGUUUUUGUCUGGAUUUAUUCUUAUAUUCUUUUACUAUAAUAUUUGGGGGUAUAGGGAAGUAACAUUUGUAUUAGUUGUAAAUGACAUUGGUAAUGGUUGUAUACAUUUCAUUUGUACUUGGUAAUGCAGAUUUGUAUUGUUAUAGGGUAA